AUGAGUAUAUUAGAGAGUCAUUCACGCCCUCCUAGAGAUCAUAAAAUCAGAUGUUCUAAAAAAGACACUCAUGUUGAAUCUUCAUCUGAUAUUCACUAUUUAUCUGAUUCUACAAGUUCUAGAUCAACAUUUGAGGAAGAUAAUUUUUGAGAUUUUUGUAUGAAGAUUGACUUAUCAUGUUUUAAUGGCCAUUUUAAGAUUGAAGAGUUUUUAGAUUGAUUAAUUGAAGUAGAAUGUUUUUUUGAGUAAAUAAAAAUUUGUGAUGAAAAAGAAGUAAAGUUAUUGACUUAUAAACUAAAGGGUGGAGCCUUUACAUGGUGGGAUCAAUUAUAGACAAGACAUACGAGGUCAAACAAAGAACCUAUAUGAUCAUGGGAAAAAAUAACAAAACUCUUGAAAUCUUAUUUUCUUUAUCCAAAUAUUAACAAAUUUUAUAUCAAUAGUAUCAAAACUGUAGACAAGGAAAUAGGUCAGUUUCUGAUUAUGCUGAAGAAUUUUAUCAUUUAUCUUCUUGAAUUCACUUGACAUAAUUUGAGUUAUAUAUGAUUUCAAGAUUUAAAAGUGUUAUUAGAUGGGAAAUUGAAGAUAAAAUAACUUUACAAUUAUUUUUCAAGCUUAAUGAUAUUGUAAUGGCUGUAGAACAUGCUGAAGCCUUAUUAGAGGAAGGAAAAAUCAGAAUUCAAAAUUUUAGAAGUUAG